AUGGCGGACGUGCUGGAUCUUCACGAGGCUGGGGGCGACGAUUUCGCCAUGGAUGAGGAUGGGGAGAUCCACAAGCUGAAACAAAAAAUGAAGAAACGGAAGGGCCACGGCUUUGGCCCCAAAGAGGGGUCCCGCGCAUGGCUGAGUGCUCGGGAUUAUGACAGCGUGCAGCAGGAUGGAGAUGGACCCGGCCCCCAACGCUCUGUUGAGGGCUGGAUUCUCUUUGUCACUGGCGUCCACGACGAAGCCACGGAAGAAGACAUCCUUGAUAAAUUUGCGGACUAUGGAGAAAUAAAAAACAUCCACCUCAACCUGGACAGGCGCACAGGAUACCUGAAGGGGUAUGCUCUGCUGGAGUAUGCAACCCACAAGGAGGCCCGGGCUGCUAUGGAGGGGCUCAACAGCCAGGAUGUGAUGGGACAGCGGAUCAGCGUGGACUGGUGCUUUGUUCGGGGUCCACCCAAGGAGAAGAGGAGAGGUGGCCGGAGGCACUGA